AUGGACCCGUACAAGGCAGCCUUUCUCCUGGGAGCCUUCAUCAGCGCUGCAUCGGAGCCUCCCACCAUUGUCCCUGAGCUGACCUGUAUGACCGGUGAGGGUAAAGCGUACCGUGGCACAGUGGCUGUAACGGAGAGCGGUAAAACGUGCCAGAGCUGGUCGGUUCAGACACCGCACAGACACAACCGCUCACCUGAAAACUACCCCUGCAAAGGCUUAGACGGUAACUAUUGUCGUAACCCUGACAAUGAGAGGAAGCCCUGGUGUUACACCACCGACCCCAACACUCGAUGGCAGCACUGUAAUGUGCCACGCUGCCAAAACAGCCCUGACCCAGACGAAGCUGUGAUCCCCACAGAAGAGGACGACUGCUACGAGGGGAACGGCUCCACUUAUCGAGGAAUAACGUCAGAAACUGUCAGUGGGAAAAAAUGCCAGUGGUGGAGCGGCCAAGUUCCUCAUUCACAUCAAAAAACUCCAGAACAGUUCCCCACAGCGGACCUCAGGAGGAAUCUGUGCAGGAACCCCGAUGGAGACCAGGCCCCCUGGUGUUACACUAUGGAUCCCAAAGUUCGUUGGGAAUAUUGUAAGCUGGAAAAAUGCUCCAAGACUACAAGUGUACCAUCCACAAAGCCUCCUGGUCAUGUGCCCACCUCAACCCCUGCACAAGAAGACUGCAAGGUUGGAAAUGGGGAAACAUACCGAGGUUCAACCUCCAUGACAAAUCUGGGAGUGACUUGCCAGGCGUGGAGUGCUCAGAGCCCACACCAGCACACGUCCUUCACACCACAAACUCACCCAACUAAAGGUCUGGAGGGCAAUAGCUGCAGAAACCCAGACGGUGAUGCAAAUGGACCGUGGUGCUACACAACGGACACCUCCAAGAAGUGGGACUACUGUCACAUCCCCGACUGUACUACGAUGAACUGCGGGUCUUCAGCCGUCAAACCGAAGCGUUGUUUUGGUCGUGUUGUCGGUGGCUGCGUGUCCAAAGCUCACUCGUGGCCCUGGCAGAUCAGUCUCAGAACCAGCUCGGGGAUCCAUUUCUGUGGAGGGACUCUGAUCCACCCUCAGUGGGUCCUCACCGCUGCACACUGCCUGGAGAGGUCCACACGGCCCACGGCCUACCAGGUAGUCAUGGGUAUCCACAGGGAGGCCGCCACGGAGCCGUCGAAACAGCUGCGGCUGCUGGAGAAACUGGUGCUGGAACCGAACAGAGCUGACAUUGCUCUGCUCAAACUGAGCAGACCUGCUGUAAUUAAUGAUAAAGUGCUGCCUGCUUGUCUGCCCGAGAAGGACUACGUUGUUCCCAGUGGAACCGAAUGUUACGUUACCGGAUGGGGUGAGACUCAAGGUUCUGGAGGUGAGGGUUACCUGAAGGAAGCUGGUUUCCCUGUGAUCGAGAACAAGGUGUGCAACCGUCCAUCUUACCUGAACGGCAAAGUUCGAGAACACGAGAUGUGUGCAGGAAACAUUGAAGGAGGAGUCGACAGCUGCCAGGGUGACAGCGGAGGCCCUCUGGUUUGUUACGCUCAGAACACGUACGUCCUGCAGGGAGUGACAUCAUGGGGUCUGGGAUGUGCCAACGCCAUGAAGCCCGGCGUCUACGCUCGAGUUUCCAAGUUUAUAGACUGGAUCGAUCAAACCAUUAAAGCCAACUGAAAGCAUCCACGAGGAGUUGAUGUUAAUUAACGUAAAUGAAAGCGACACUCAAUGAAAAUGUAUUCUAAAAAUUCAUGUCCUUGUUUUUGA